AUGAUAGACAUUACUGACCGGGAAAGAAAACUAGAUAAGUCAAAUGUGAGCAAUGAUUCUAAAAGUCUAUCAGAAAGUAAUGUCACAAAGAAUGUUUUAACAACGUAUGAAGACAUUGUGAAGCUCCCUCUCUUUCCUAUUCGUCUACAAACGGCAAACAUCCCUGUUGGUCCUUCUCGCUACUUAGUAAGGUUGAACUGCUCGGAUUCUUCUCACAAGCGUGACACGAGUUUUGUCUCAAAGAGUUUCAGAAUGUCUCAGCAAUCGUGUGAUGCAUCUCGCGUAUCUGACUCGGCAACACCGGAUGAGUCCUCUAACCCUAAUAGGAGUCUGAAGGUUGUACCUUUAAGGACGGUUAGCAGUGACAAAGGUUGUACCAUAGAGGAACUUACUAAUGAAGGAACCAGAUAUGUCGAUAAAGAAAUUACCAGAACUGUUACACGCAUUCUGAAGGAAAAUCAUCAAGUGCCUGGGAUAUUUGUCCCUCUUCAAACCAUAAUGCAUGAUCCCUUCAAGAACACCAGUAAGGCUGAAGUUGCUCACACCUCUGGUUGUGACCCAGCUGAAGAAAAGAUCAUUAAGAUUGGACAAGGAGGUGCUAAGAAUACCAAUGUUACCGAGGAUGUCAAUGACAUCGAAGAGAAUAAGCACACUAAGGUCAAUACUGAAAUAGAAGCUAAGAGCACUGUCAAAAACUCUAUCAAGAAGAAGAGUACUUCUACUGGUCCUAUCAAGAGUAGAGCUGUGGCUAAGAGUGUAGGGGUUGGUCCCUCAAAGUCUUGGAGCAAGGUUGUUCCAAAGAAAAUAAAGGAGAGGGAAAUUGUUGAAUCUGAGUCUGAUGUUGAAGGGGAUGUCCCUAACAUUCCAUCAAGGAAGAAUCUUACAACAAGCAAGCUUGCUACAAGUAUUCCUGAAAUACCUAUUUAUAAUGUGUCAUUCCACUAUGCCUCCAGUGCCAUCAGGUGGAAAUAUGUGCUCCAAAAAAGACUGGUUGUUGAAAGGGAGUUGACUCCAAAUGCUGUUGAGAACAAGGAAAUCUUAGAGCUAAUUCAAGAAGAUGGACUAUUAAAAACUGUGUGCAACCUUCCCAAAUUAUAUGAGAGGCUGGUCAAAGAAUUUGUGGUGAACCUAUCUGAAGAUUGUGGAAACAGCAAGAGUGUGGACUUCAUAAAGGUGUUUGUGAGAGGUAAGUGUGUUUCAUUCUCUCCUUCUGUGAUUAAUAACUUCUUGGCAAGAACAAAUGAAGCUCAACCUAAGCUUGAAGUGAUAGACAAUAAGGUUUGUCAAGUGAUCACAACCAAGCAGGUAAAAAGCUGGCCCUUAAAAAAGAAACUAACUGCAAGAGCAAAGGCAAAGUUUGACUAUGGAACAUAUAUUUUCGACCAAACUAUGAAGCAUGCUGGAAGCUUCAAUGGUACGCAUGUUCCAGACAUUGUAAUGACAUCGGCUGAAGCAUCCAAGUCUGGAGCAUCAGCUAGAAAAUCAGAAGUCAUAGCAAUAUUAAAAGAGACCUGCAAAGAGCUGGAAGCUAGGAAGAUAUCCCUUGAAAAGAUGAUAAGUACUCUGGAAAUGGAUGAGGAUGAGGAAUUUGCAGAUGUUGUAGAGAUGGAAGAUGAAGAUGAACAAGAGAAGGAAGUAGAACCAGAAGAAGAAUUGGAAGAAGAGAGUGCCAGUCCUGCUGAUGGAUCCGAGAAAGAAAGUUAUGCAGACACCUCAAGAGGGUCUGACUCUGUGCAGUAA